AUGGUGGAAGAACAUUACGAUGCUCCAAGGACCUUGAGUGACGCAGAAAAAGAAAUGUUAACCAAGCAAAAUGACAUGACCAACUUCAAGAAGACUAAACUGGAAACAGAAGCUCAGAAGAACUGGGAUCGGUUCUACAAGCGGAAUCAGGAUAGGUUCUUCAAGGAUAGACAUUGGACGAAGCACGAAAUAACCGAUAUUUUGGGCAAUUUAAAUCUAAAGGUAUGUUUCUUACAUUAAUGUUAUUCAUGAUGUUUAGGACAAGUUGAUCUUUAUUGAGAUGGGAUGUGGAGUAGGGAACAUGUUGUUCCCAUUGACUGAAUACUAUCCUCAUUGGACGUUUUAUGGAUUUGACUUUUCUGCCAACGCUAUCAAGGAACUACAGGAACGUGGCAAGACUGGUGGUAUUAACAGUAAGUUGUUAGUUUGAAGAUGAAUUUAUUGGUAGUUAUUGUAAUGAACGUAUUUUAAGGAGUUUUUUAAUUAAAAUUCAGUAGUGAAAGUGUUAAAUGUUGUCGCUUUUAGUCACGGCAGCAGUUCUGGACUUGACCGACACCUCCAAGACGUUAUCAUUUCCUAAAGGGGACAUUACUACCUUAAUAUUCGUAUUAUCAGCGAUACAUCCAGACAAACAUACUCAAUGUGUGGUCAAUAUCAAGAACUACGUUAAGCCUGGUGGAGUGGUAUUUGUUCGGGACUAUGGAGCAUUCGACUAUGCUAUGAUUCGAUUUGGCAGAGGAUGUAAGAUAGCCGACAGAUUCUAUGCUCGUCAAGAUGGUACCAGAGCUUACUACUUUUACUUGGAACAGAUGGUGAAGCUGUUCGAAGCCAAUGGAUUUAAGUGUGAAUCUUCAGAGUACCUCCAUAAGAAGACAACAAACCAUGAAAAAGAAAUGACGGUAGACAGGAUAUUCGUCCAGUGCCGUUUUAGGUUGCCCAUGUAGGUAUUGUUGUGUAUAUUGUUGUUGUGUUUGAAUAAAUUGUUGAUUUUGAAGGUCAUUGGUUACACUUACAUCAAUCUUUGCUUUGCAAUAACAACUUUUUAUCAAAAAAAUGGGUAGAAAACCAGCCUUUUAAUCAUUAGAACCUUAUAAACCAUUCCUUAUGAAUAAUAUAAGUGCGCAUUUAAUUUUUUUCUGUUUUAUAAACUUUAGAACCUCAAUUAUCUACCGAUUUGCUUUAUAAUAGGCAUAUUUACCACGACCAUCAGUGCAUAACUGGAUAAUUUUUAAGAGAAGGACUCGAUUUUUUAGAGUCAAGUCUUCACCUAAAAAAUCGAAUUUCCCGAAAAAAUUGAGUGAAAAGUUGGAGUUUAUCCAAAUCUCUAGUAAAAUGGCAAGUCCAACAUGGAUAUUCAAGUUGGAAGAGUUACAAUGCACACCUUCUAGACAAAAAGGAAUGUCAGAAACUGAAGAAAAUCGACAACGACGACGAGCUAUCAAGAUGAUCAUGGAUUUGGGGCAGGAGAUGAACAUGUAAGUCGACUUAAUUAUAAAACAUUGAUCUCGGUAAAUAAUGCUUUUUAUUUAUUUGAAUUAAGCAACUCUUCAUGUUGAAAUUUAAAUUUUUUAGUAAAGUGUGUCCAACAAUAGCAACAGCAGCCGUCUUCUUCCACAGAUUCUACAUGUUCUACUCAAUGCACGAUUAUCGACCUGAGAAGAUGGCAUUGACAGCGUUGUUUUUGGCUGGAAAGGUAGAAGAAACGCCUAAAAAGUGCAAAGACUUAUUGACUGUUGCAGCGGAAAAGUUCCCUGACUUUUAUUCACGUUUAAUUCCGGUAAGUGUAUUUUAGGUAAUAAUUUUUUUUCAAGUUUAGGGUCUUAAGACAAAAUAUAACUAAAAAGUAUGAAGUUAUACUAAAGGAAUAUUUUUAGAGCGACAUUUUUGCUACUGAAACGGUUCUACUUCACACGUUGCGAUUUGACAUUGAAGUCUUUCACCCAUACACAAAGAUCAUAGAGUACGUAAGCAUAUUUGAUCUCGAGAAGCAACACAAGAGCUUCCUAAGUACCACAGCAUGGACUUUUGUAAACGACAGCUUCUGCACGCCUCUAUGUUUAUCUUGGGAUCCUGAGGUAAGUUUUAUUUAAGACUUUGCCAGGUUUAGGUAUUAUAUAAGAAAUUUUACUUUUAUCUUGUGUGUGAUACAAACGUGGUAUAACACUAUGUAUGGUUAUGUUUAAAAAGAUUACUUAAAGAAAAAUUAAAAGCGGAUGUAGCAUAUAGUAAUAUUAUAGUACUUUCUCGUUUUAGCUAAUAGCGGUGGCAGCGAUAGAAAUGGCAUUAAUGAUGGCAAAGUACCAAAGGAACAUAGAAGUGCACUACAAAGAGGAAGACAGGUACCAGACGUGGUGGGAGCACUUUGUCGGUAACUUGUCCCAAACUACAGUCGAUUUGAUUUGUCACCAACUCCUAGAUUACUACUGGCUCGUCGAGAAUGAAGAUAACAAUUAA